AUGAGUAAUCAGGCACUGUUCGAGAAACUUGACCAGACAUCCGAGUUGCUAUCAGCAAAAUUGAUAGAGCUGAUAAAACUCUCCGCCAUCGAGCAACAGAAUAAUGAUCCUGCCGAUACACCUGCCUCGGAGCUUUCAAUCGCUACAAACGGAGUGACGCUCGUCAACAAUCAGACUAUGCAAUUGAUUAAGGGUGUCAAGGAUCUUCUGGUACUAACAAGAAGUAUCAGAGAAAAGUGGUUAUUGAAUCAGAUUCCGGAGGAUCAGAUGAAUCAGGAAAGUGAAGUAGACACUGAACAUUUACGAGAGUUGCUGGACAAAUGUAUGUCAGAGAUAGUUGGCGAAUGA